AUCAGAUGUUCACAGAGAUCUACAUCACAAAGGGAGGGACUGCAGAGGUCAAUGAUGAACAUGAGGUCAGACAGAUUGAAACAACAUUCAGGAAACCAGACAGACCAGAAACAACUAUCAGAUGAGAAGACAGCUUUAAAACUCCACCUGGAAGAGAUGAACCAAUCAGAACAGUGAUGACAACGGGAGUGGCUGGCAUUGGGAAUACAGUCUUAACACAGAAGUUCACUCUGGACUGGGCUGAAGACAAAGCCAACCAGGACAUCCAGUUCACAUUUCCAUUCACCUUCAGAGAGCUUAAUGUGCUGAAAGAGGAAAAGUACAGCUUGGUGGAACUUGUUCAUUUGUUCUUUAGUGAAACCAAAGAAGCAGGAAUCGGCAGGUUUGAAGAGUUCCCGGUUGUGUUAAUCUUUGACGGGCUGGAUGAGUUUCGACCUCCUCUGGACUUCCUCAACACUAAAAUCCUGACUGGUGUUACAGAGUCCACCUCAGUGAAUGUGCUGCUGACAAACCUCAUCAGGGGGAAACUGCUUCGCUCUGCUCGCCUCUGGAUAACCACUACCUGCAGGAGCCAAUCAGAUUCCUCCUGAGUGUGUUGACAUGGUGACAGAGGU